CGGCCCUCACCGCCACCUAGUAAACACACCUUUCUUCUGCUGCUCUCCUGCCUUGCUUUUCAACCACAAUCCUCUACACCCUCGCACUUCAGCACGCCGUCAAAAGCUUCCUUGUCGAACUCACCGCUUCUCCGCUGUCCGUCUCCAAUUCAAGUAGACGUCAAGAUGUCUGUCGUAUCGCUGCUCGGCGUCGAGGUCAAGAACAACCCAGCGCGCUUCGACGAGCCCUAUGAAUUUGAGAUUACCUUUGAGUGCCUUGAGCAGCUGCAGAAGGACCUCGAGUGGAAGUUGACCUACGUCGGCUCUGCUACCUCAAACGAGUACGACCAGGAGCUCGACUCCGUCCUUGUUGGACCGCUUCCUAUUGGCGUCAAUAAAUUCGUCUUUCGCGCCGACCCCCCGGACCUAUCGCGCAUCCCCAACAGCGAAAUCAUUGGCGUAACUGUGAUUCUGCUGAGCUGUAGUUAUGAAGACAGAGAGUUUGUGCGCGUGGGCUACUAUGUUAACAACGAGUACACGGACGAGGCGCUAGCACUGGACCCGCCUACCAAGCCCGUCAUUGAGAAGGUGCAGAGGCAAAUCCUGGCGGAGAAGCCGCGUGUCACGCGCUUUGCGAUCAAGUGGGACUCUGACGAAUCUGCGCCGCCCGAGUUCCCCCCUGAGCAACCCGAGGCCGACCUCAACGCAGACGGCGACCAGUACGGCAUCGAAGAAGAGGAAGAGGAGGAAGAGGAAGAAGCAGAGGGUGCCGUUGUUGAAGGCGAGGAUGCUGCUAUGGCAGGUGCGGAGGAUACUGCAGGCCCUGCCAACGACGAAGACGCCGAGUCUGAGGCUGGGAGCGAGGAAAUCGACAUUGAGGAUUCCGAGGAGGACGACGAGGAAGAGGGCGAAGAGGGUGGUGAGGAUGACAUGGAGAUGGACGAUGCUGAGGCCAGUGCUGCCAAUGGUGACAAGGAAGCCCAGCAAAAACCUGCCGGCGUUCAGCAGCAGCACGGCGCAGAUGUCAUGGUUCACUAAAUCAUGCGUUAGGGGAGACGGUCUUGCUGUAGGACGCACAUGCUAGCCAUCUGAUUCCUUGGUCUAGUUUACGAGCGCAGUUCUCUUUGAGGAGCAUGAAAUAUAUACCAACUCAGAUUUUCAUCACGGACUUUUCAAGUUGGGUGACAACAAGUAGCUAUAGUACGUGACUACGCGUCAUCUACCCGUACGGACAUGAUCAAAACAUAGUACGGCUUACUGCCGCG